ACUGAAUGGUGUUUUCGCUUUUCUUCUUUUUCCCUGAAAGUGAAAAUCCUCUUUCUUCGGAUUUCUUUUGGUUAGCGAAAUCAGGUAUUCGUGUGGGUUUUUUGUAAAAGUGAAGUGAUGGAACACACAUUUUCAGUAAGCAGGGGGAUAGCUGUAAUACUCCUUGAGAAUACCCUUCUGAGGCUUUUUCAGCACAGUUUUGGCAAGCAUCUUUGUCAGACUGACCUGGGCUGUGAUAAGAGUUCGUAUGUUAGGUUUAGGUUGCAAAAUGCAUUUUGUCUCGAGAAUUUCAUUACCGGCAGAAAUAAGCAGGUUCAUUAAAAUGCUCCUUUUCCGAUGGAGUUUAUAAUGUGCAGUUACCUCGGUGUCCCAGCUGGAAUCAGUACUGUUGUCCUAACGCUGAAUGUGUUUGUUCUAUGAUUUGUAGUUAAUCCUUUGAGGUUCUGUUUGGUCUGCGAUGUAUACAGAUGUAUACAUCUGUACAGUACUGUUAUAUCACCAGUAGGUGGUAGUCCCGUCUCAACAUGCUUUUUCUUCCCAUAUCAUCCUACUUAAUUAUAAUGAAUUUUUAACUCUAAAGUAGGAUGUUUUCUUGUGUCUGAAUUGUCCUGAGUCUAAAGCUGAGUUGAAGUAAUUGUCUGAAUAUGUAUUUUUUUUUAAUGUUUAUUCAUUUUUGAGAGAGAGAGCGAGCGAGCAGGGGAGGAGCAGAGACAGGGAGGGAGACAGAGGAUCCCAAGCUGGCUCCAUGCUGUCAGUGCAGAGCCGAAAUCAGGAGUCCGAUGCUUAGCCUACUGAGCCACCCAGGCAUCCCUAAAUAUAUUUCUUUAACCAUUAUUUUCAUCUAUAGCUAGAUAAACCCCAACUAAAGACAUUGAUCUAUUCACCUUUAAUAAAUAUGCAAGGUAUUAGUGCUGUGUUGGGACAGGAUAUGGUCCUUAGCUCCCUAGAGCUUGCAUUCUGGUGCUGUUCAGAAAACAGGCCGUUACAGUACUGGGAUAAGUGCCAUGAGCAGAGGGGGUAACAUGUUCUAUGGGGAGGUAGCCAGAGCUUCUAGACUUGUCUGAGGGAGUAAUGAAAGUUUGCUUGGAAGAAUAAAUAACUCAAAGGAGUAGGCCACAUGAAGAGAAGAAAAGGAGUGUCUUCUGGCAGAGGGAAUGGCAUGUGUGAAAGCCUGAAGUUGAUUAUGGAAGAUUCCCACAAGAGUAACACUUCAGAGACAGCACCGCAACCGGGUUCUGCAGUUCAGGGAGCUCAUAUUUCUCAUAUUGCUCAACAGAUGGCAUUAAGAGGAUCUGCACCAGUGACAAUUAUACCUCUUCCUGGAGAGCAAGUACAGGUUCAGGGGGUCAUCCAGACAGCUCAGUCUUCUGUAAUUCACCCACCACACGUGCAAACGGUGUCAUCUUUAUCAGAAAGUGAGGAGUCUCAGGACUCAUCAGACAGUAUAGGCUCUUCACAGAAAGCCCACGGGAUCCUAGCACGGCGCCCAUCUUACAGAAAAAUUUUGAAAGAUCUAUCCUCUGAAGAUACACGGGGCAGAAAAGGAGACGGAGAAAACCCUGGAGUUUCUGCUGUCACUUCUAUGUCUGUUCCAACUCCCAUCUAUCAAACUAGCAGUGGACAGUACAUUGCCAUUGCCCCAAAUGGAGCCUUACAACUGGCCAGCCCAGGCACAGAUGGAGUACAGGGACUUCAAACAUUAACCAUGACAAAUUCAGGCAGUACUCAGCAAGGGACAACAAUUCUCCAAUAUGCACAGACCUCUGAUGGACAGCAAAUACUUGUGCCCAGCAACCAGGUGGUUGUACAAACUGCAUCAGGAGAUAUGCAGACGUAUCAGAUCCGUACCACACCUUCAGCUACUUCGCUGCCACAGACUGUGGUGAUGACAUCUCCUGUGACUCUUACAUCUCAGACAUCUAAGACAGAUGACCCCCAACUGAAGAGAGAAAUAAGGUUGAUGAAAAACAGAGAAGCUGCUCGAGAAUGUCGCAGAAAGAAGAAAGAAUAUGUGAAAUGCCUGGAAAAUCGAGUUGCAGUCUUGGAAAAUCAAAAUAAAACUCUAAUAGAAGAGUUAAAAACUUUGAAGGAUCUUUAUUCUCAUAAAAGUGUUUGAUUAAGAAAGAAAAUAUUUUUGCAGACUUGCCUAAAAAUUAGAUGGAUUUCUUUUCUUUUUAGUGGAGUUUUAUAAAUUAAAAGGUCAAAAAUGAAGCUUUUUAUUUAGGCUUUUGCAACUCAAAGAUAAUCUUAUGCAAGAGAUCUGGUGACAGAAGAUAAAGUGGAAAAUGACCUCAAGGAAGUCACUAGCACAGGUGGAAGCCCUGGAAAAAUGAAACCCACUCAAGAAGAGGGAAGUGAGCUCUCACACCAAUUUGAAUUUCCUAAAUGACAAUAACCCAAAAAUGCCAGAGAAGAUGAAAUUUGGUAAAUUAUUUUUAAAAUCAGUUUACCCUGUAGGUUUGCAUUUCUUACUGUUCCCUAAAAUUUACCUUUUUCACUUUGUGUGUGUGCGCGCGCGUGUUUUAUUUCUGCCAAUAAAUUUUAAAUUACAAAUAGAAAAGCUAAUACAUAACUAAAUAUAUAAAUUAUGUGUUCUGAUUACGUAUACUUGUUCUAUCGUCAGAUCGUUGAAAUGGGUUUUUUAAAGUUUGUUUCUUGGACUUGAGAGGGGUUUUGAGACUUGGGUUUAACUGUUUUUGAGGCUUUGUCCUCAAAGGCAUUUAAGGUACAUGAAUGGAGUAUGGUGAUUUUGUAACAUUUUUUAUCAGGAUGGAAAGAGAACUUCUGUUUGAAAGUUUGAUACUUUUAAAUAGUUUGUUUUUUGGUUACUCUGGGAAUGGAGAUUUUCUACAAAUAUAUAAUAAAUUGUUUUUUGAUUCUAUAUUCUGUAUGCAGUUGAAUAUACAUUACCUAUUCUGUUGUGCUUUAAUAGAAUGGAAUGUUUACAGGCCCUUGAGAUAUUAGAGUAUUUUUUAAAAAUCUUCUGAAGAUACAUACCAAAGUUUUCCAAGAGGAUUUUAUAAUCAAUUUAAUGUAAGGUUUAUCAGAUUCUAAAAUCGUAUGGUUAUUAAGGCAAUUUUAUGUUAGAGACUAUUUUGUAAUGUAGUGAAUGGUACAUUUCUAAGAAAAGUGACUGCCGAUAUAUUUUUAUAGCUAAUCUUUAUAAAUUCUAAAGUUGAGUUUUUAAUUAUUUUAAAUGUUUAUAUAGUUUAGUAAAAAAAAAUAUUUUGCAUCUCAAAAGUAUCAUUUUUAUAUUAUGAGAAGUAAAGUUUCCAGAUUGGCUAAUAUUUGAAUUGCAAGUUUUGUAUACAGUUUAUCCAAAGCUCAAGAAAGCCAUCCGUACCCCAGUGUUUAACCUCUGUAUUCCAGUUUGUAUACACUCUGAAAUUGUACUGCAGAACUAUUGUGCGCUUCUUACACAAUAUGUAUCAUAUUGUUGUCUGUGAAAUUAAAGGAUAUUUGAUAAAAUUAA